ACCGCGCUUACACGUUAGGGGAGUAAUGAUGCAUCUGGCGGUGCAUUGAAUUAGAAGUUUGUCCGUCAGUAUAAAACGUCCCAAAUCAAUAUACAGCUAUUGUAUAUAAAGUUUGUGUGGACCUCUGCUAAUAAUUUCUACUCCUGAGUAUUUGGUGUCGUCAUAAAGUCCGCGAGUCCACGGAUUGUGCGCGUGCCCAGGAGAUUGUGAGAAACACGCUGUAAUCUAGAUGAGGUUUACGACAGGAGGUGUAAUUUCUUUCCGGAUGUAAAUUUGUUUUAAUGGAUUAUUCUCCUAUCAUCUAGACUGAAGAAGGAGAAAGACCCUUAGCAUUUUGUAGGAUGAUCGAUGGACGAAAUUUAACCACUAUGUGCGAAUCGCACAAUGUUAACACGACACAGGGAAUUAUGUGCCAUGCAGGUCCAGAGUACCCAGACUUUCCUCCGCCGCCACCACCACAAGGUUACGAACACUUCAUGGCGGUCAACGAAUUUAUCAAGGUUGCAGUGCCUGUGAUCUUUGCACUCGGUUUUCCAUUAAACUGGGUUACAUUUUACAUCUUUUCGCAAUCUAAGCUGAGGGAUGCUUCUUCGUCCCGUUACAUCGCCGCUAUUGCUUUCGUGGAUAACGGAGUAAUUCUUACCCAUCUUAUGCAUCAUUUAUCCGGUUAUUACCAAAUUCCCGUGUUCGCACUGCAUGGAGCUUGUCAGAUGAUUAAUUACUUUAAUUUCAUGUGUACAUUUCUUUCCAUUUGGUACACAACCGCACUUGUCAUUGAUAAAUUCAUUGGAUUGUAUUGGCCAGUCCAAAGGUCGGAAUAUUGCACGGAGUUCCGGGCCAAGUGUGUAGCUGUUUCUCUAGCGAUAUUUUCAGUUGUGUUCUACCACCACUUAGUCUGGACUAUGGGGCCACUGAAAAUAUUUAACGGUCAAAUAAUUUGUGUACCGUACCAAGCUCCAGGAUUGCUCGACACUUGGUACACCCUAAAUAAAGUGGAUUAUGUGAUCGUUGCCAUUAUUCCAUACAUUACAAUUGUUAUUUUGUUAUUCCUUAUCGUGGUUAGAGUGUGCAAGUACAGGACAAACGAGAGACAAUUAAAUGGAUCUAUCCGCGGAAGGCCUUCUAAUGUAUCUACCCAACAAGAAUUCAAAACGAUGCCUCUAGUAAUUGUGGUAGGGACAGCCACAGUCACAUUGGGACUUCUCACCAACGUUUGCAGGAUAUUUGAAGUUGUUCAACACGUUGUAAUCACUGUCGCUACAUUUCUUUCUCAGGUGUCGUUUUCCUGCAAAUUCUUUUUAUAUGUGGUGACGUCAGAAAAGUUUCGUGAUCAACUGUUCGGUCUUUGCCGCCAAAUCGUCUACAAGCUUCUCAGGGUUUUCCAUUGUAAUGGACGCGAGACGGAACGUACCUUCAUCAGUGUUAACCAACAAACAGACGACAUCCAUGAGUUUGAGUGCAUUGUUGAAUGUGCUGUGUGACAACUGAUGUUGAUGCUGAAUGAUUCAAAAUGUCUGUGAUUAAUGUGUGAUUUCCCGGAACAUCAAAUGAUUUUUAAUGUCUGUCUUUUUUUAUCACUGCAAAUUAACUAAGUGUUAUUCCUAGACAACGUUUGCGCAAAUUGUACUUCUGAAUGCAAUUAUAGCUUAUUCUAUUAGACCUGUAGAAAGGGGAGAUAUGAAAGCGUUGUAAAUUUAAUAACAUGAUAUUUUAAUUAUAUUAAUCCAUUAUUGAUUAUUUUCAUUUUGUAAAAUCUUAUUGUUUAAGCCUAAUGUAUAUCAUUUAUUACAUUUCCAUAUUAAAUUUCAAAAUGGGAUCAACGCAAAA